AUGCAAAACGUCUUCGAACAGUACCUUCGCAAGCUCGACCGGUGGUACAAACUGCAAAAUCGCAAGGUGCUGAUGUUCGUCGACAACUGUGGUGCCAAUGGGUAUAUCUACAACUUGAAAGCUAUCACAGUGGAGUUUUUGCCACCUAACACAACAAGCGUGUUGCAGCCCAUGGAUCAGGGCAUGAUCAAAAACUUGAAAAUUAAUUGCCGGUCACGCUUCCUGAAUAGUAUGCUGUUAUGCGUCGACAGUAACAAAAACUGCGUCGUGGGUUUUCUGAUGGCCAUCAGCAUGUUGUCCGAUGCCUUGAAGUCAGUGACUCAGGAAACGAUCUACAACUGCUUCCGCCACGCAGGAUUUAUUACUGGGAUUGAGAAGGACAGUGCCACAGACCAGGACCCUGUGGUUGAGGGUCCGCCUACCGCAGCAGCGGACAUUUUGGACGACCUCCAUGCUAGUGGGGUUGAUGUAAGGGCGGGUACGUUUGAAGAGUUCGCCAACUUGGACAGUACCAUUUUGCUUUGCGCAGAGUUGGCCGAUGACGAGAUCGUCUGUCAGGUCUGCGAGCCUGCGCUGGCGGACCGUGACUACGACGAUGACUUGCCACCUGCACCACAGCCAUCAAAUGCGGACUUAGCGCAGGCCAUAUCAUUGCUGUUAUCUGUCUAG